AUGCGAUUUGAGAAACUAUCAUUCUUUUCGACACUCGUUCUCCUCCUCCUUCACUCCUAUUGCCAUGCCAGCACGUUGCCAGGUGUUAUUGCACCUUGUCCGCAAGUGUCUCCUACUGCACAUUCCACGGCAACUCCAUCAUUGACCCACACCACUUCCUCAAUUGCACCCACCAUUCCUGCUCGUUUAUUAGCACCACGCGAUGAUGAUCCCAACUCUUCGACAAAGGAUUCAAUGUCCAAAGAUAAAGAUAAAACGACCAACGCCAAUGGAGAGACUGUGUAUGUCAAUGUCACCACCGUUGUUGUUGUAGAUGGUGAUGGCAACACUGGCAACAACAACAACAAUAGCAAUGAUCCCAACAAAGUAUAUCACGACAGUAAUUAUGCCAACCAACAAGAGCAACCACCACAGCAGAAUCAGGAUCAGUCAACCGACAAGAGCAAUAAUAGCAAUGACAAGAAUAUGCAAGAUCCUAAUAGUAACGACGACGACGACGUGACCGAGCAACUACAUCAAGAUCAGGCCGCUCUCAAACGGAUGGUGACGAUUCUUUCAGUUGUAGGAGGCGUGGGUGCGAUUGCUGUCGUUGCUACGUUGAUUAUCUUUACUCGGAUGCGUGCACGGAAACGUAAACAACGCGAGAUGGAAGAGGAGGCUGAUUUACGAGGAGGCAGUGGAACAGGAAAUUGCAGCAGCGAUAGUAGCAGUAGAAGUAGUCGAGGCGAUUAUCACGAUGAUAGCAGCCAUGUUGAAGAGGAUCAUAGUCGCCAAUUGGAUCCAUCAACAACAGCAACAACAACGACCACGGAUGAUAAUAAUGAUGAUGGACCAAUGCCGAUACCAUCCGCACCCCCUGCACCCGCACCAUUUUUAGCAUCACUUCAUCAAUCCACCUAUGAACGUCGGCGAAAUAUGGUAUCGAUUAUCUCACAAACCACCCCGCAACCUUCCGCACCAUCAGCAAAAGAACUGGAUGCAAUGGCUGAUCAACAAGCUGCUAUUGCGGCUUCGACUUUGGACAAUCAUCAUCAUCAUCAUGAUAUGGCUAGUGGAAGUCGAUCGAUGCCAUCACACCACCACCACCAACAACAAGAUGAACAAGCAUCAUCCAAACCACAACCCUCUUCAACAUCAUCUUCCUCUUGUCCACACUGUGAACAUCAUCACCAUCAUCAUCAACAACAACAACAUUUAUCUCCACCACCACCUCCUCCACCAACACAUCCCAUGGAACCCGAAGUCCCUCCCCCUCCUUAUAUGCCAAGUGCACCACCGCUCUAUAUCUUACCACAAGAAUCGCCCAUAUUGGGUAGGCGGCAUUCUCAAGCCUAA